UUUGUCAACUUAUAAUAUUAAGUUGGUAUCUGUUUGGAGUUUGUACUGGGUGGAAAGUUGUGUUGGUUAAUGCUGUUAGAUUGUUUGUAACAGUAUGCCUUCAGUAGAAGUAAAUUCUUCUGAAAAUCAUGAAACUGAGACACCAACAACACAGCCUAUUGUGGGUAUUAUUUAUCCACCGCCAGAGGUGAGAAAUAUUGUUGACAAAACUGCAAGUUUUGUUGCAAGAAAUGGGCCAGAGUUUGAAGCUCGUAUACGACAAAAUGAAAUUGGAAAUCCAAAAUUCAAUUUUUUGAAUUUUGGUGACCCUUACCAUGCGUAUUAUCAGUAUAAAGUUAAGGAUUUCCGUGAGGGGAGAGGACAGGAGCCAAGUGCUGGAGGGGCCCCAGUACAACAGCUGAAGACUGUUCUGUCAUCAGCACAGCAGAAACAGCAACAAGAACUCCUGAAACAGGUGUCAGAGCAACCGUUCAUUCCUAAGGAUCCACCGGCAGAAUUUGAAUUUAUUGCUGAUCCACCAUCUAUAUCAGCCCUUGAUUUGGACAUAGUGAAGCUGACAGCUCAGUUUGUGGCGCGUAAUGGGCGUCAGUUUCUGACCAACUUGAUGAACAGGGAACAGCGCAACUAUCAGUUUGAUUUUCUUCGACCUCAGCAUUCGCUUUUCCAGUAUUUCACAAAACUGCUUGAGCAGUACACAAAGGUUCUCAUUCCACCUAAGGAUCUGAUGUUUCGUUUGAAAGAUGAGUGCAGCUCAAUGAGUACAAUUUUGGACCAGGUGAAGUAUCGAUCGGAGUGGAUCAAGUAUCAGGAGGCUCAAAGACGUAAAGAGGAAGAGGAACUUGAGAAAGAAAGGGUUGCUUAUGCCCAGAUUGACUGGCAUGACUUUGUAGUAGUGGAGACAGUGGACUACCAGCCGUUCGAAAUGGGGAACUUCCCCCCUCCAACUACACCUGAUGAAGUUGGAGCUCGUGUUCUAAUGCAAGAACGUAUUGAAGAAGGUGACGAGAUUGAGAUGCAAAUUGAAAGUGAAGAUGAGGUAGAGGAGGAGGAGGAAGACGAAGCUGAAGAAGAGGACAAGAGGGGAGAGGAACAACAGGAGGAGGAAGAGGAUCAGGAAUCCAAAGAGGCAAAGGACAACACACAGGUUCAAGACAUGGAGGAAGAGUCAAGUGAAGAAGAAGAUGAAUCCCCAGCUAUGUCUGUACACAGUGGGAAGAAGGCUCCUCCUAUGCCCAUGCCAGCCCGUGAAGUGCAUCAGCCACCUCCAUUGCCUCCAACACCUGACAAGGUGGUGGUCAAGAAGGGUUAUGAUCCUAAACAAGCUGUAAAGGCAACACGUCCUCCCGCUCCUGAUGAAUUGCUUAUUUCUCCACUUACUGGGGAGAAGAUCCCAGCUACCAAAGUUCAGGAGCACAUGAGAAUUGGAUUGUUAGAUCCUCGUUGGGUUGAGCAGAGAGACCGCCAGAUCCAAGACAAGAUCAAUCAGGAGACAGUUUACGCACCAGGGUCUGCCAUUGAGGCUAGUUUGAAGCAGUUGGCAGAGCGACGAACCGAUAUUUUUGGCGUGGGUGAUGAGGAAACUGCCAUUGGUAAGAAGAUUGGAGAAGAAGACAAACGCAAAGAUGACAAGGUGACAUGGGAUGGGCACACAUCCAGUGUGGAGGCUGCUACCCGAGCAGCUCGAGCUAAUAUCACUCUAGAGGAGCAGAUUCACCAGAUCCAUAAGGUGAAAGGACUCCUACCUGAUGAAGAGAAGGAAAAGAUCGGACCGAAGCCUGUCGGAUCUCGAGCGGCCGCGGGCCUGCAGUCUCUCCCCCCACCCCCUGGUACCAAACCCCCAGUUCCUCUUCCCAUGACAGCAGUAAACAAGCCACCCAGUGUUCCUGUGUCAAAACCACAAGUCCCAUCUGCUGCUCAGCCCAUAGCUCCACCAGUACCAGUAACAGCACCCCCACAACAACCAGCCCCUCCACCACCUCCCCCUGCUGCUAUGGCCUUGCCACCCAUGGCUGCUCUGCCCCCUCCACCAGGACUUCUGCCUCCCCAGCCAGGCAUGAUGAUGAUGUCCAUGAGGCAGCCACCACUGAUGGUUCCAGCACGUCCACCAUUUCCAGUGGCAGCUCCAGCACCCCCGAUACCAGGCUUUAUGGCUCCUCCAGCACCCCAGAUGCAGCCUCCACCACAACCACCACCUCCAGGUCCAAUGAAACAUCCUGCAGAUAUGAGUUCCUCAACAGAUGAGGAGCCACCAAGCAAGAAGAUGCGUUCUGAGGAAUCACUAAUGCCUGAAGCCCAGUUCUUGGCUAAAUACAAGUCACCUGUGUCCCUUAAAGUAGCUGUGCCUACUAUGUCCGAGAAGCCAGAGUGGAGACUGAAAGGGCAAUUGCUGGCUCUGACGCUGCCAUUAUCAGAUACAGUGGCUGUUAUCAAGGCAAAAAUCCAUGAGGAAACAGGCAUGCCUCCAGGCAAACAGAAGUUGCAGUGGGAGGGUUUGUUUUUUAAAGAUUCCAAUUCCUUGGCAUAUUAUAAUAUCAUGCCUGGUACAGUCAUCAAUUUGCAACUGAAGGAAAGAGGUGGCAGGAAGAAAUAAGCACCACAGACCAUCAAAGUAUAUAAUUUAAUCGGCUACUAUUCAGUAUCUCUAAUUUUAGACGCUCAAGCUUGCUAGGUUUCAUUCAUACAGAAAUCAUUGAUUACCCCAUUCACAUAUUUGAUAAGGUAAUCUAAAAUUCAAGUAGCCUUAGAAACAACUAAUUAAUGUUUUCUGUAGUAAGUUCUAUUGGUUCUAAACUAUAGCAUCAGUGUUUUGUUCAGGACAGCAGUGAGGUGCAACCAUAGGAGAGAAUUUAUUACAUGUUUGCAUCUCUUUGUCCUCAGAAAUUCUUGUGUCUUAUUCUUGAUGUUCUUACAGAUCAUAUGAUACUCUCACAAAGUCAGUUCAGAAUGUUGUAAUAAUGAGUCUAUUGUAGCAGUUGUGAGCACAGAAAUUGGAAAGUAGUGAUGGUUUUAUGAAAAAGCACCAUUGGGAUAGGUGUGAUGUGGUGGCAUGCUAAAUAGUUUUGAAAUGCAAUGUGCUGAAUUCUUGCAUCAAUCGGGCGUUCUGCUCAUCAGUAGUCAAGGCGUCAGCAUUGUAGCUUCUUGGCGGAUGCCAAGGUGACAGUGCUGGAUGUCUUACUGUGAAAUCUCAGCUGAAGAGACAGCACUUGAAUAGAGCAGGCAAGGUGAAGGAUGCCAGGUGGUGGUUUUGAGUAGUACUUCCAAUUGGGGGCAGUGUUGUGUUAUAUCAAAUUUGCAUAAUUGGUUGGUGAUAAUAAAUCCAUAUCAGAAUUUUCUGAACCAACUUUAUAUAUGGAAUGCAGCAUUCUCUUCACAAAUUAGACCAAAUUUCUUAAUUGUCUUAAUAUAAAAAUAUAAAGUGAGAUAACUUUCCUUCUGAAGUAAACAGGGUUAAAGUCUUAACAGGAUCAUCGCUUGGUCUGAGCUGUGCAAUUGCAUGGAAUCAAAAUAUUGCGUACACUAGCAGACGUUUCCUUUUUAGUACGCAUAUUUCCUAGCUCUCAUCAUAAAUUAUAAAAGAGGAAGCACGGCUAUGUAUGAAUUAAAUUUUUUUUAUGUGCAAUCUUAUCUUCCCUAUGAAUGC